UUAGAGUUUGACUUUUAUAUGUUAUUGGCAUCGACAUCGGUAAUAACUGAUAGCAGGGAAUGGAAAGUUGAAGAAAAAGAGGAGGCUUGAUGGCCGGAAAAUGAUGGGGACGGUUGAAGCUGGAGAUGGGGAGGGGGAACUAUUAAUAACAAGGCCAAGGCCAAGGCUAAGGAGCCCUGCCAUUCCCCACUCUCAUUCAUUCAAUUUCCCAAUUCUAUUCUAAUUUCGAACCCAAGGAGAGCGCCCCUGUAAUGGGAGUGGGUGUACCGUGUACCGGCCGGUGACACUCAAUUUUAACACCUGUUUUCUCCACGACGCCCAACAGGCAAUUGCCUUAAAUCCCCACGCCCUUCGGUUACACUACUUUGAGUUUGAAUCAUAUAAUUAGAAAGAGAGAGAUUAGGGGAAGGGAGCGGAGACUUGGCUUUUUCUCCGCCUGUCUUCUACGUAGCGCUGGCAAAUUAGCAAUUUUGGUUUAUUACGCCCCAAGAUUUCAUCCCCCCUCUCUCCCAAAUCAAGCCCCCUUUUUUGUUUUCAUUAUCACUUUUAAAUCUUACUCAAUACCAUAGCCGUUUCGUCUCUUUCUCCUCUGCGCUCAAGGCCGCCAUUAUAGCGGAAGGGUUGUCGUGUAUGAACCCCCAAAAUCAUCAUAUCUCUCUUGUUUGUUAGCUGUCGUAUUGUACAUUCAGUCCAUGUCCAUGGUGUAGUGUGUGCAGCAGGCGACGCUGAGAGAGUAGAACCAAAUGCAAUGGACUACGGCAGUGGAGGCGGCGGCUCCGGCUGGGACAAUGAUUCCUCCUCCGACCCUCAACGCAAGAAGAAACGCUACCACCGGCACACUGCCAACCAGAUUCAGAGGCUCGAGGCAAUGUUCAAAGAGUGCCCUCACCCGGAUGAGAAGCAGAGAUUACAGUUGAGCAGAGAGCUGGGAUUGGCUCCUCGCCAAAUCAAAUUUUGGUUCCAGAACAGGAGAACCCAGAUGAAGGCUCAACAUGAAAGGGCAGAUAAUAGUGCACUGCGGACAGAGAACGACAAGAUUCGAUGUGAGAACAUAGCCAUCAGAGAGGCACUAAAAAAUGUCAUAUGUCCCUCCUGCGGUGGCCCUCCCAUUCAGGACCCCUACUUCGACGAGCAGAAAUUACGAAUCGAAAAUGCCCAUUUGAAAGAAGAGCUUGAUAGAGUAUCUAGCAUUGCGGCCAAGUACAUUGGGAGGCCAAUUUCUCAACUCCCACCCAUUCAGCCUUCUCAUUUUUCUUCAUUAGAGUUAUCCAUGGGUAGUUUUGCCUCCCAAGAAAUGGGUAGUCUCUCUCUUGAUCUUGAUUUACUUCCUGCAAGUUCUUCAAGCGUUCCCAGUUUGCCAUACCACCAUCCAAUUCACUUCUCCGACGUGGAUAAGUCCCUCAUGACUGAAGUUGCCACAAAUGCCAUGGGAGAGCUGCUCAGACUUUCCCAAACUAAUGAACCAUUCUGGAUGAAAUCACCGAGUGAUGCCCGAGAUGUUCUCGACCUUGAAAGCUAUCAACAAGCUUUUCCAAGAUCCAACACUCAGUUGAAGAAUCUCCAUUCUCGCACCGAGGCAUCUAGAGAUUCAGGCAUGGUGAUCAUGAACAGUGCAUCAUUGGUUGACAUGUUAAUGGACUCGACCAAAUGGACAGAGUUAUUUCCCACAAUUGUCUCGAUUGCAAGAACAAUCGAAGUUAUAUCAACCGGAAUGUUGGGAAGUCAUAGUGGCUCCUUGCAACUGAUGUACCAAGAACUGCAUCUUCUUUCCCCAUUAGUUUCGACUCGCCAGUUUUACGUUCUCAGACAUUGUCAACAAAUAGAGCAAGGCACGUGGGCUGUAGUAGAUGUUUCCUAUAAUAUCCCCAGAGAGAACCAAAUAGUCUCUCGAGAUUCUCAAUGUCACCGGUUUCCCUCCGGCUGCUUGAUCCAAGACAUGCCAAAUGGUUAUUCCAAGGUUACUUGGAUUGAGCAUGUGGAAAUCGAAGACAAAGGCUCUACUCAUUGGCUUUUCAGAGAUAUUAUUCAUAAUGGGUUAGCCUUUUGUGCUGAACGGUGGCUUGCAACUCUUCAACGGAUGUGUGAAAGGUUUGCCUGUUUAAUGGUGGCUGGUAGUUCCAGUCGAGAUCUUGGCGGAGUCAUUACAUCAUUAGAGGGAAAGAAAAGCAUGAUGAAACUAGCACAGCGGAUGGUGAACAAUUUCUGUGCUAGCAUUAGCACAUCUCAUGGCCACCGUUGGACCACCCUUUCGGGGAUGAAUGAGGUUGGUGUUCGUGUCACAGUGCAUAAAAGCAUGGAUCCUGGCCAAUCCAAUGGCGUGGUUCUUAGUGCAGCUACAACGAUAUGGCUCCCAGUUUCUCCUCAAACCAUCUUUAACUUCUUUAAGAAUGACAGAACUAGAUCUCAGUGGGAUGUUCUCUCGGAUGGCAAUCCAGUUCAAGAGGUUGCUCAUAUAGCCAACGGAUCCCAUCCAGGGAACUGCAUAUCUGUUCUUAGAGCUUUCAAUACGAGUCAGAACAACAUGUUGAUUCUUCAGGAGAGUUGCAUAGACUCGUCUGGAUCACUUGUUGUGUACUGCCCUGUGGAUCUACCAGCCAUGAAUGUUGCAAUGAGUGGGGAGGACCCAUCAAGUAUUCCUUUACUGCCGUCAGGAUUCACAAUUUUACCGGACGGUCGACGGGACCCCGGUGAGGGGGCGUCGAGCAGCUCGGACGUGCACAGUAGGUCGAGGGGCUCACUGGUGACGGUAGCAUUUCAAAUACUAGUGAGCAGCUUGCCAUCGGGAAAGCUAAAUUUGGAGUCAGUGACGACAGUUAAUAACCUCAUCAGCACCACUGUCCACCAGAUCAAGACAGCCUUAAACUGCCAUAGUUCCUGAGGAAAGGGGAACCAACACUUUUUUUUUUUCUGGCGGAGGAGUUGUGUUUGGGUUAGUUGGGGCUUUGCCAAAGUUCUUGCUAUCCCACUCCAACUCCCACCCAUUUUACGGUCAAUAUUGUUGUUKUGUUAUUAAUUAUUUUGGGGGCUCUGGCGUGACAGGAGAAACUGCUGAUGUUCGAUAUCUCAACUCCAGAUCAGUCCACAGAGAGUCAAGAACGCACCAUACAUAUUUCCAGGUUAAUUUUUGUCUGUCUGUCUGUCUCAUACUUUAUUAACCAUUCAUUCCACCUCUGAACCAAUAUUGAAAACUUGGUAUGGUUCGGGCAUUGACUCUCAAAUGGAUACUUUUAUUUUUCUCAUUC